AUGGCCAUGCGGUGCUGCAGUGAGCUUGGCCAUCGCGAGGGCCCAGGGCCGAUGGAGAUCCCAGACGAGGACCUCGACGCGGAGCAGGCCCAGGCGAACGGCCAGAUCCACUACGUCCUGGUGAUGCUCGUAUUGAAGAAGGCCGAGAGCGCGCCAGUCGGACGCAGCUCCGAGGUCUGGCGACUGCUGGUGUACGAGUACGAGCCGAAGCAGAGGAGACGGUCCCAGGCGAUAUUGUCAUCGGUGCUGCGCGCGAAGUUGCCCGACCCUCUCAGAGCCUCGAUAACUUUGAGAGGAUGGUCGAGCAGUGCGCGGACCAGUCGGGCAGGGAGAUCCCAGACGAGAUCUUGGCAAUGA